UUUAAGCCCAUGGAAACACAGUUAAGCGAGUGUUCUUCCCCGAACGAAAAUACCUAACUGCUCUACAAGAAUCUGCUGAAGGAGGAGAAGCUUCAAAAUGUCGAGCGUUCCGGAUGAAAUCUACCUGGAAGUUCUGUCAAGGUUACCAGUGAGAUCCACAUAUGUCUGUAAGUGUGUCUGCAAAACCUGGUUUUCCAUAAUUUCCAACCCAAAUUUUGUUAAAAAACACCUUAAUCAUUCUCUCCAAAGAAACAAACCUACUCUCAUGCUUAAAGGGAUGGAUGGGGUUAAAGAGGUAAUCUAUUCCAUAGGUCAUGAUUCAUUGAAAUCAUUAUUGUCUAGGGAUAAAUUUCUUGAUUAUGCUGUAGAAAUGGAUUAUCCAUUCAAUUCUCCAGAGUGUUUAGUUGAUCUACUGGGUUGUUGUCAUGGUCUGGUUUGCCUAUGGUUAGAGGUCGGUGAUGGGACUUUUUUAUGUCUUUGGAAUCCAGCAACCAAAGAGUACAAACAAGUACCCAAAUCACCAGAUGAUCAUGAUGAUAUGAAUCAAAUGAGCAUGGUUGCAUUUGGUUAUGAUUCUAAGAAUGAUGAUUACAAGUUACUAACUCGUUUUGAUAAUUUAGUCCAAGUCUAUUCAUUAGGAUUAAAUUCCUGGAAAAGAAUUGAAAAUGUGGAGUUUCGCAGCUUUCGGGAUGCUGGGGUGCUUGUUAAUGGAGAUCUUCAUUGGUUAGCUGAAUCAAAAGACUCUUCACGACAAAUUGUAGUCUCUUUAGAUAUGAGUGAGGAGAUAUUCAAAGAAAUGCAACUACCAAAAACUUCGGUGAGUAGGCCGCAUCGGUUUAUGACAGUGGGGGCGUUGGAAGGGUGCCUCUGUGUCCUUGGUAGUGUUAUUUGUCUCCAGGCUGAAGUAUGGGUAAUGCAGGAUUAUGGAGUUCAUGAAUCUUGGACCAAACGCUAUGUUAUUAACCAUGAAUCGGUCGCGAACGAUUAUUUAUUGAGGCUUGUGUGGUCUUUUAAGAGUGGGGAGAUUCUAUUCGGGAUUUCUUCUAAUGGUUCUCUAAUCUCAUACGACCCAAACUAUCGAAGACUUAGAUCAACUAACCUCCUCAGGGUAACACAUUUGCAAAAGGAAGGGUCUUAUUGCGAAAGCUUAAUUUCACUGAACUCUAAUACUUAUCAGGGAAGGACAAGAGGAACCAACAGGAGCGUGCCCAGGCAUAGAGGAGGCUUAGAUAGUUUAGAUUAGUUGGGCUUGAGGCAAUCAUAUGGGAUGAAGAACUGAAACAAGAGAAUGCCUUGGGGAUAACAAAUAUGGUGAGGUAUAAUCUCAUUGAAAUGACGCGGUAGAAUUCUUUUGUGUAGGGUUAAGUUUAGAGUACAAGUAUGGUGAUAGUUUAGAUUAGUUGUCUUGAUGUCUUGUUUUCUGGAUAUAGUUAAAAUAAUGCAACUGCAUAUUAGAUGUGUGUUUCUAAAGCUCUCUGUAGAACUUGGUCUCUAGUGGUCCAGUGGUAUGAGUCCGAGUCAGAAACAGUUGGAUUAAAUCUAGAAACAGUGGUGCAAUUAUCAUUUUGGGCUAAUGCUAUUUAUACUUUUACCAUGAAAAACGGAAGAUAAUUUUGUUGAGAUUUAGUGAGUUAUUUUUCAUUA